AUGCCCGCUAAUGAGACAAAACAAUUACAAUGGAUUAAAGCUUUAAAUAGAAAAACACUUCCAAAGCAAGUAUUCAUAUGCUGGGAUCACUUUCUAGACGGAGCUCUGACGGAACAAAAUCCUUUCCCAAAAUUAAAUGUUGGGUAUGAAUGCCAGACCACCCCUAGUAGACUUAAACUAUCGAGACAAGAACCAGAGAGUAGAAAAAGAAAACGUUUACUGGAAGAAAGCAGUAGUACUGAGACGUUUGUUAACAUUAAUCAGACUGAAGGACCUUCUAGUUCUGAACUGCUUCCAGAAGCUUUUUGUGAUUUUAAUCUGGUUAAUCCACCUAUGGCAUCAGUUGGAACACACUAUACAAAAAAAGAAGAUGUGGCUAUAAUGGAGUAUUGGAAUAAGAAACUAACUACAGCUGCUAGGGAUGGAGAUAUAGAAGCCUUAAAAUUAAGCCUACAGAAUGGUGCAGUCAUUGAUUAUCAAGAUGAGAGAGGAGACACAGCAUUAAUGUGGGCUGUCAUGAGAGGACACCUGGAGAUCUGUAGAUUCCUCAUUGAUAGAGGAUGUAAGAUCGACAUCACAAAUAGAGAUGGACAGACAGCAUUAAUGAUUGCUGCCAGGGAAGGACACCUGGAGAUCUGUAGACUCCUCAUUGAUACAGGAUGUAAGAUCGACAUCACAGAUUGCAUUACAACAAUGAAUACAGCAUACAUUUACUAG